AUGGCCCACUUGGGAGCCCAUUUUGCCUUUAGAUCCCGCUGGCAAGACGAUGAACUCUGUCGACAUAGCUUGUCCUUUAUCCUUCACAAAGCCAUUUGCAAUGACUUCUUUCAGAGCUAUCUCUACCUGCUGGAAAAAAUUCCCUUGGUGAAAUUGUAUGCUUUAACAAGUCGAGUCGUCAAUGGUGAGAUGCAGUUCUAUGCCAGAGCUAAACUUUUCUACCAAGAAGUACCUGCUACAGAAGAGGGUAUGAUGGGAAAUUUCAUUGAACUGUCCAACCCAGAUAUCCAGGCUUCUUGGGAAUUUCUUAGGAAAUUUGUUGGGGGCCCCGGGAGAGCUGGGACAGACUGCGCCUUGGAUUGUGGCUCUGGGAUAGGAAGGGUCAGCAAGCAUGUCUUGUUGCCAGUUUUCAACAGUGUGGAACUGGUGGACAUGACGGAAUCCUUUCUCCUCAAAGCCCAGAACGACCUGCAGCUCAAUGGGGACACGGUAGAAAGCGACCACUGCUAUAACCUGCAGGAAUGUACACCCCCACUGGGCAGAUAUGAUGUCAUCUGGAUUCAGUGGGUCUCUGGAUACCUGACCGAUAAAGACCUUCUUGCAUUUCUUUCCCGGUGCCGAGCUGGCCUGAAAGAAAAUGGUGUCAUCAUCCUGAAGGACAACGUGGCUCGAGAGGGCUGUAUCUUCGAUCUCUCUGACAGCAGUGUGACUCGGGACAUGGACAUCCUUCAGAGCCUCAUUAAGAAGAGUGGGCUGGUGGUGCUGGGCCAGGAGAAGCAGGACAGUUUUCCAGAGCAGUGUGUCCCGGUGUGGAUGUUUGCACUGCACAGUGAUGGACACUCCUGA